AUGCCGCGAGAACCCACAAUUUUGGAGUAUGCGUUAGUAGUAACUACCGCAUCUUCAUAUAAUCGGCCUUCUUCAGAACUCAGGGUGAAAUAUUCAAUAGAUGGAGAGAACACGCAAUCGACUGGUAUUCCGAUGACCGUUGCUGAUUUUGCCAAAAUGGUCGAAUCAGCGAUGACCACUGGUCAGAACGACUUCUACUAUUCCAACAAAUACGAAGAUGACGAAUACGAGUACAGACAUGUUCAUGUUACCAAGGAGGUCGCCAAGCUCAUACCGAAAAAUCGUCUCAUGUCUGAAACAGAAUGGCGAAGCCUUGGGAUUCAACAGUCGCCAGGAUGGGUCCACUAUAUGAUCCAUGGCCCCGAACGACAUGUUCUACUGUUUCGUCGUCCGUUGCCAAAUAAGAACAACGUCGCCGGUAAAAACGCAACGCAAGCGCAGGACAACACAAUCGAAGCGCUUAUUCCUGCUGAUGCAAGGGAAUAA